CACUUCCAUUCCAUCACAGCUCUCUCUCUCUCGCUCUCUCUCUCUCUCUCUAACACACUAUCCCUCUAGUCAUUCAAUUAUUUGGUUAAGUAUGGGGAAGGACAUUGAAGUUGCCCAACAUGGCGAGUUCUCUGCAAAAGACUACCAUGAUCCACCUCCAGCACCAUUGAUCGAUGCUGAAGAACUGAUCCAAUGGUCAUUCUAUAGGGCUCUUAUUGCUGAGUUUAUUGCAACCCUUUUGUUCCUUUAUAUCACUGUUUUGACUGUGAUUGGGUACAAGAGUCAGACUGACCCCAACCACAAUGGAGAUGAAUGUGGGGGCGUUGGUAUACUUGGGAUUGCUUGGGCUUUUGGUGGCAUGAUCUUCAUCCUUGUUUACUGCACUGCUGGUAUUUCUGGCGGGCAUAUCAAUCCGGCGGUGACAUUUGGGCUUUUCCUAGGACGUAAAGUGUCACUUAUCCGAGCAGUGAUGUACAUGUUGGCACAGUGCUUUGGGGCUAUCUGUGGUGUAGGAUUAGUAAGGGGCUUCCAAAGGGGUCACUAUGUGCGGUAUGGUGGUGGGGCGAAUGAAAUCGCCGAUGGUUAUAGCAAGGGUGUGGGGUUGGCAGCUGAAAUUAUCGGUACCUUUGUACUUGUCUACACUGUCUUCUCUGCCACUGAUCCUAAGAGGAAUGCCAGAGACUCACAUGUCCCUGUAUUGGCACCACUUCCAAUUGGGUUUGCAGUUGUCAUGGUGCACUUGGCCACCAUCCCAAUCACAGGUACAGGUAUCAACCCAGCUAGAAGUCUUGGAGCUGCUGUGAUCUAUAACAAAGACAAGGCCUGGGAUGACCAGUGGAUCUUCUGGGUUGGACCCUUUAUUGGUGCUGCCAUUGCAGCUUUCUACCACCAGUACAUUUUAAGAGGAUCUGCCAUUAAAGCUUUUGGGUCCUUCAGGAGCAGCACCAAUGUCUAAAUUUUCUUUUAAGGAGUUGGGUUUUUACUUCAUUCAUUGUCUGAGAUGUCUGGGUUUGUAAAAUAGAUGAUUCUUCAAAAGACUAAGGAUGGAGAUUGCAAUGGUUUGGCUGAAAUUGUAGACAAAAUUAUCUUUGAGAGAGAAGACCAAGGGAGUCUUUUCAACCCUUCCAGUCUUCUCAAUUCUCAACUCGUUCUGGUUGUGUAUUGUAUGCAAUUGUGCAUUUCCUAGGUAAACAUUUUGUUUUGUAAUUGCAUCAAACAUCAUGCCGGUUAAUAGAAAUUGGCUGUUCCACUCGAUAAAAAAAAUGUUGGGUCA